CGACGGAAGUAGUUACCAGAAAAAGGUAGGCGGGGUACCCAAUGAUAAGCGGCUCCUAGAGGAAGAGGGCGGGACAUCGUGAAGGGAUUGUCCAAUGAAAACGACCGACGCCAGACCCCGGGACCGCGCCGGGGCGGAGAAGACGAUGGAGAAUUUCUCGGCACUGUUCGGAGCUCAGGCUGACCCACCACCACCCCCAACCGCACUCGGCUUCGGACCAGGAAAGCCUCCACCUCCGCCUCCCCCUCCUCCGGGCGGGGGCCCCGGCACGGCCCCGCAGCCCACUGCGGCCACGGCCCCUCCCGGCGCCGACAAGUCGGUGGCUGGUUGUGGUCCCUUCUAUCUUAUGCGGGAACUUCCAGGUAGCACCGAGCUGACAGGCAGCACCAAUCUGAUCACACACUACAACCUAGAACAUUCCUAUAAUAAAUUCUGUGGGAAGAAGGUGAAGGAGAAGCUAAGUAACUUCCUGCCUGACCUGCCAGGGAUGAUUGAUCUGCCUGGUUCCCAUGAUAACAGCAGCCUCCGCUCUCUCAUUGAGAAACCCCCUAUUCUUGGUGGCUCUUUUAAUCCUAUCACAGGGACUAUGCUGGCUGGCUUCCGCCUCCACACUGGCCCGUUACCAGAGCAGUGUCGUCUGAUGCAUAUUCAGCCUCCCAAGAAGAAGAAUAAGCACAAGCACAAACAGAGCCGUACCCAGGACCCUGUCCCCCCAGAAACACCAUCUGAUUCUGAUCACAAGAAGAAGAAAAAGAAGAAAGAGGAGGAUCCUGAACGGAAAAGGAAGAAGAAAGAGAAGAAGAAAAAGAAGAACCGACACAGUCCAGACCACCCAGGCGUGGGCAGCUCUCAGGCCAGCAGCAGCAGCAGCCUCCGCUAGCCGGGCUCUGCCGGGAUGGCUUCCCCUGCUGUAAGGAGCCUGCUGAUUAAAGCCGCCUUCCAGCUCGGACACUGCCGUGGGGGCGUCCCAUGCAACCGGGCCAGGAGCCAGCUCUGACUGCGCUGGGCUAAGAUCAGUGCAUUAGAGGAGAGAAGGGCCAUGCUUUUGUAAGGCUCAGCCCAGUUGGCUUUCUCACGGACAUCUCUUCCUCUCCCAGGAAGGUUUCUUUUCAUCUCUUUUGUGCAGUUGGUCUGAUUUAGGACAUUGUCUGAUCUGUUAGGGUUUUUCUUUAAAAAAAAAAAAAAAAAAUCUGCAUUUAUCAAACUGGCUGAACUGUGGCUGCCUGUUAAAGAGGUAAGUGCCUUUCCAUGUGAGAGUCAGGGUUUAAGCCAGGGCGUUCAAAGAUCUGAGGGGAAUUUGGGUCUUACCAUUACAUUAUUAGUAGGCAGGGAGACCACCAAAAUGAGAUGGGGGAACAUGGUGCAGAAGUGAGGCAGAGCUUGCUAAUACGUGUCCACAGCAGACACUUAACACUCUGCCCAUCAUGUUGAGGACCAAGCACCUGGAUGAGGCUCCACGGGAGGAGCUGAUCCAGUUAAGGCUCAUCUGUCUUCUAGGUCAGUUUUGUGUUAAAACAGAACAGCCACCUGAAAAAGCACCCACAAUCACCAGUGUAUUUCAACAAGGUUGAUUCCUGGUGAAGCCUGUGAUUUUUUUUUUUUUUUUUUUAAAUUUCUGGCAAGCAAAAGUAAAUGCUUUUCCUGUCUUUAUAGGAAUCUUUGCCCUGCCUCAUUCCUUAAAGAGAAUGAAGCUAUUAGGCUGAUGCAAAAACAUUUCUAAGCUUCUAAGAUAGCCACAGAAAGGCAGCCUAAACUAGCAGAAUGUGAAAGAAAUUCCUUCAGUCUUUAUAGCAGGCCAGGUAACUGGAAAUGUCCAUGAGAAAACCCAAGCUAUUGUAAUCUGACUUUAAAUAAAUUUGACACAGAACAGUUAAAAUCUGUUGCUAUGAGCCAAGGUUGUUACUAGAUUAGUAGGUGGAAAACCAUUCAUUGAGCUACAGUUUUAAUCUGGGAUUUCAGAGCAAGACUGUAUGCGCUUAAGUCAUGGACAGUGAAAAUAAUGGGUUCUGGCCAGUUUCUGGAGAUUUAGUGUCUGAGGCAGCCUAUUUAAAAUUAGGGCAUAGCCUUUUUGCUUUGGACAAACAGAAGAGACACCGUGAGCUAUCAUAUUGAAGUGCCAGCCAUAUCCAGGCAAUCAGCCUCUAACAGGCUUUCAUCCCUCAAUCACCCACUGUCUCACCUCUGGCCACAUCCAGAGAUUUUUACUUUCCAGAGACGAAAUUCUGUAUUAAACUGUGGCAGUCGAGAGUUCUCUAAGCCUUAAAACAACAAGGAGCUUAGGUGGUCACAGAGGGUUUCUUCUAGGAAUUUUUGAAUUAAAUCACCAAAAUAAAAACAGG